AUGAAUCGUUCAAGUGAAUAUAAUGAUUUCGAAUGGACGAUUAGUCUAAAUCGACUUAUGUUAAAAAUCAUCGGUUUGUGGCCGCCAGACAACCGGGACUCGCGUCAAAUUGUAGGACCGAAAUUUCGACGGUUGUGUAGUUUCAUCACAUUACUUUUCGUAUUCACGAUACCGAGUUUAAUAUCAUUGAUAAGAGUAUGGGGUGACAUGAUACUGAUGAUAGAUAAUAUGCAAUUUAGUCUACCUCUGUCGAUGGCGCUUUUGAAAGUCUGCAUUAUUUGGUACAAACAAGAAGUUUUGUCCCCUCUAAUUGAUAUGGUUAAAGCAGAUUGGUUGAAGGUAAAAAUUAAAGAGGAGCGAGACGUUAUGCUGAGGUGCGCCAGAAUUACUCGAGCGAUCGCUAUGUGCGGAUUGUUCAUAGUAUUUUUUGCAUUAAUCAUUGUGUUUGGUUUACCAUGUCUCGAAAUGACAAGGAAAUAUGGUACCAACUUAACCAAUUCUGGAAAACACUUACCAAUACAAACGUAUUACUUACACGAUGUGUCCAAAAGUCCGCAAUUCGAACUAACCCUUCUGGCGCAAGCAUUCGCAAUGUUGAUAAGUAGUUUCUCUUAUUCCGGAGUUGACAACUUACUCGGACUAUUAGUUUUGCACGUAUGCGGUCAACUGGAAAAUUUACAUUCCCGAUUAAUACAUAUAAAGAAGUAUCCCAACUACAAUGAAGUUUUGAAAUAUAACGUCCAAGAUCAUAAUCGUUUGAUCAGAUCUAUCGAAAUAAUUGAUGAUACCUUCAAUUUAAUGCUACUUGGCCUGAUAUUUUACUUUGCUAUACUAUUUUGUCUGCAAGGAUUUCUCAUAGUUAAUGUUAUUAAUCAAAAAGACCAAUUAUCAAUUAUGCAGUUGAGUUGGUUUGCUAUAGCGACUACAUCUCUUUUUUUGCACAUGUGUCUUUAUUGUGCUGUUGGUGAAAUUCUAGUGAUACAGAUAGUGAAACCCACUAUAUCCACAAAUGAACCUAAUGUGAGGCAUUAA